CACCGCGGGCCCGUCCCCGGGCCUCUGGGGCGCACUCCAGCCGUUGCCUCCGCCUCCUCUUCUGCGUCCGGAGGUUCCAAAGCCCCCAACACGUCCCUGUUUGUGCCGCUGACGGUGAAACCUCAGGGCCCCAGCGCGGAUGGCGACGUGGGGGCCGAGCUCACCCGGCCCCUGGACAAGAAUGAAGUAAAGAAGAUCUUAGACCAGUUUUACAAGAGGAAAGAAAUUCAGAAACUGGGUGCUGAUUAUGGACUCGAUGCUCGUCUCUUCCACCAAGCUUUCAUAAGCUUUAGAAAUUAUAUCCUGCAGUCUCAUUCCUUGGAUGUGGACAUUCACAUUAUUUUGAAUGAUAUUUGCUUCAGUGCAGCUCAUGUGGAUGAUUUAUUUCCAUUUUUCUUGAGACAUGCAAAACAGAUAUUUCCCGUGUUGGAAUGUAAGGAUGAUCUACGUAAAAUCAGUGACUUAAGAAUACCACCUAAUUGGUACCCAGAAGCCAGAGCCAUACAGCGGAAGGUAAUAUUCCAUUCAGGCCCCACAAACAGUGGAAAGACUUACCAUGCAAUCCAGAAAUACUUGUCAGCAAAAUCUGGAGUGUAUUGUGGUCCUUUAAAAUUACUGGCACAUGAGAUCUUCGAAAAGAGUAAUGCUGAGGGUGUGCCAUGUGACUUGGUAACAGGUGAAGAGCGCGUGUCAGUAGAGCCAAAUGGGAAACAGGCUGCCCACGUUGCUUGUACUGUUGAGAUGUGCAGUGUUACCACUCCUUAUGAAGUGGCUGUGAUUGACGAAAUUCAAAUGAUUAAAGACCCAGCCAGAGGAUGGGCCUGGACCAGAGCACUUCUAGGACUGUGUGCUGAAGAGGUUCAUUUAUGUGGAGAAGCUGCUGCUAUUGACCUGGUUACUGAGCUUUUGUACACGACUGGGGAGGAAGUGGAGGUUCGAAACUAUACAAGGCUUACACCCAUUUCUGUGCUGGAUCAUGCAUUAGAAUCUUUAGACAACCUUCGGCCUGGGGACUGCAUUGUCUGUUUUAGCAAGAAUGAUAUUUAUUCUGUGAGUCGACAGAUUGAAAUUCGGGGAUUGGAAUCAGCUGUUAUAUAUGGCAGUCUCCCACCUGGGACCAAACUUGCUCAAGCAAAAAAGUUUAACGAUCCUGAUGAUCCAUGCAAAAUCCUGGUUGCUACAGAUGCAAUUGGCAUGGGACUUAAUUUGAGCAUAAGAAGAAUUAUUUUUUAUUCCCUUAUAAAGCCCAGUAUCAAUGAAAAGGGAGAGAAGGAACUAGAACCAAUCACCACUUCUCAAGCCUUGCAGAUUGCUGGCAGAGCUGGUAGAUUCAGUUCGAAAUAUAAAGAAGGAGAGGUUACAACAAUGAAUCGAGAAGACCUCCGUUUAUUAAAGGAGAUUUUGAAUAAGCCUGUCGAUCCUAUAAAGGCAGCUGGUCUUCAUCCAACUGCUGAACAGAUUGAAAUGUUUGCCUACCAUCUGCCUGAUACAACACUGUCUAAUCUCAUUGAUAUUUUUGUAGACUUUUCACAAGUUGAUGGGCAGUAUUUUGUCUGCAAUCUGGAUGAUUUUAAGUUUUCUGCAGAGUUGAUCCAGCAUAUUCCAUUAAGCCUGCGAGUAAGGUAUGUGUUCUGCACAGCCCCUAUCAACAAGAAGCAGCCUUUCGUCUGCUCUUCACUGUUACAGUUUGCCAGGCAGUAUAGCAGGAACGAGCCCUUGACCUUUGCAUGGUUACGCCGAUAUAUUAAAUGGCCAUUACAUCCUCCUAAUAAUAUUAAAGACCUCAUGGAUCUUGAAGCUGUCCAUGAUGUCUUGGAUCUUUACCUGUGGCUAAGCUAUCGGUUUAUAGAUAUGUUUCCAGAUGCCAGCCUUGUUCGAGACCUGCAGAAAGAGCUAGAUGGCAUUAUCCAAGAGGGUGUACACAACAUCACCAAACUGAUUAAAAUUUCAGAGGCACAAAGGCUGUUGAAUUUGGAGAAUGUGUCAGCAGACAGCCGGUCUCGUUUGCCAGGAACAUUGAAGAGCCAAGCAAGAAGGAUGCGCGGUACCAAAACUUUAGGGUAUAAAGCUGCUGAGCCACCCAGCCCCAGUGCGGAAGAGAAAUCCCUUGCUUCCAGGUUGGUGCAGCAAGGACUCCUCACUGCAGACAUGCUGAAACAGCUGGAGAAGGAGUGGCUGACACAGCGGACUGAGCAUGGCAGAGACAGGACAGCGCCUGGGACUUCCUCCAAAGGGUCAAGAAGAAAGAAGAAGGAACCUGAUUCAGAUUAGUUUUAUUUUAUUUUAUUUUAUUUUUAUUUUGCAAAUAAAUAUUUUAAAAUUCUUUUUUUUCCUCAUCUGCAUUUACUGCCUUAUAUAUAGUAUUCUGGCUAUCUCACUGGGGUGUGUUUUUUUUUUACCCAGAAAAAUUAACUCUUAAAGAUGAGUAAACUUGGUUUGUUUCUACAUUUUAAAAAUAUGGAAUGUCUUAAAGAUUUUAUUUAAAAUUUUAUAGAACUUUAUAGUAUAGCACUAAGACAAUGCACUAUAAAGAACUCUGCAUGGCAAUCAAACCCGUUUGGUGAAUUGUUUGACCAGUUUUCUACACCAUUGCUGAGGAUGUCAUGGAUGGAAUUGCUGUCUGUUGAACCCACGUACCAGAAGCUGUUCUAGGUGCUGGAAAUGUAUAGUAAGCAAGAUGUAUUAUAUGGAGAUUUUGUUAUGGAGACAAAUAGGAGUAAGUUAAGUAAAUGUCAGCUCUGUGAGGGUAGAGAUGGUUGUGUGUCUAGUUCACUGCUGUGUUUUCAGUGCCUAGAAUACAGUAGAAGCACAAUCAGUCUUUGUUCAAUGAAUGAGUGUGCUUUUGGAGAUAACUGCUAGGAUAAAGUAGAAUAAGGAAAGAGAGUAACAAGCGGUAGCAGUGGACUCUUCUACAUAGAGUGGGUGGUCUUCCCAUGUCAGAGGUCAGUCUGAUGCAUAGUGGCCUCUAUUGCCCAACACAGUUUUCAGCCCUGAUUAGUGAUACAGCUUAAAAGGAGCUUAAGGGCUUUGACAUUGGACAGGCCUGAGUUCAGCUUCUCUCAUCAUUACCUGCUCGGUGACCUUGCUCUCUCUGAAGAUGGACAGUAAUGCUACUCAGAGUUGUUCAGGAGGUUAAAUGUGAUGAGAUGCCAUUUAGCACAGCGCCUGGUAUAUAUGAAGUGUUUUACAAAUGAAACUGAAGGUUUGGGUUCACUCUGGGCUGUGAAUUGACCACUUAAGUCAUUCCAAGAACUGAACUAAUUCCUUGAGCGGCUGCUAAACAGGCUGACUUCAGACUAGCGAUUACACUGACUUGGUUGAAAGUGGGUCAAGAACAGUUGGCAAACUAGUUAUCUUUUUCUGGCUUUUUCUUUGGUAGUUCUGGAGUUCAGAUGAUGUUUCAUUCUAUAGGUACAGAUCUGGCAGUCUUUAUUCUAAUCUUUGUCUUUCUGGAAGUAAAGGCUGAGUAGAUGGCA